GGGAUAAAUGUUUAACAACUCUGGGACAGAACACUUCAGUGUUUGCUGUUGAUCUUUUAACUAACAGCAAUGGAAGGAAAAGAGAGUUCCAACUGGAGCGAAACCGUGGAAGACUUCCUCGACCAGGGAGACGUCGACAAAGCCAUCUCCCGUCUCGAAUCCGUUGUCUCCGAACUCCAAACCCUAACGAAUCCAUUGCAAUCGGAUCAUCUCCAACUGUCCUCCGCUCUCUUCCACUUAGCCAAGCUCUACACCGCCGAAGGCUUCUCUCUCAAAGCCGACGAGGCUCGAUCUCGCGCACUACUCUUCAGAGACCACUCUCUCUCUCCUCCAAGGGAUCUAAAAGCUGCAAAGAAGGACUUGGGAAAAGAUCGUGUCGCACUUUAUGAUGCGUCAGCUUCUGAUGUGCCGUUGAAUGAGGAUGGGAAUUGUGGAAAAUCAUCAACAUUGCCUGAGGAUGGUGUCCCUUGCAAAGAAUGUCCAGAUGAUGAUUGGGAAGCCAUUGCAGAUCGUGCUCCAGAGGAAUUACUUCCUCUACAAGGCUUACCUGAAGUCUCGAAAUUGUCACUUGAAAAUACAAAAAUACAAACUCCUAAGCGGCGUGGAAGGGGAAAGUUCUCAUAUACGACUCAUGGCUUGUAUGGGGAUCAGCAGUCCAAUGGGUUUGUUGAUUAUUCCGAAAAUGAAGCUGUGUGCAAUAGUUCAGAAGGAGAUACACAAGAAAGAAAUUUGAAAUAUGGCACACGUCAUGUUCUUGUUCUGGCCGACUUUUCACCAAGUACUAGAACUGGUGACCUAGAGAUGCUUUUGGAGAAUUUCAAGGACCGUGGAUUUGUGAUUCGCUGGGUGAACGAUACUGUUGCACUUGCAGUCUUUAGAACGCCACCAAUUGCAUUGGAGGCACUUAACAAUAUUCAAUGUGCAUUCACUGUUCGUGUACUCAAUGAAGAUGAUAUGCUCUUGAGUUCAAUCCCUCCAAGAGAUCUCGAGCCUCCUCGUCAGAGGCCCAAGACAUCGACGAGAACUGCCCAAAGGCUGAUUGCACAGGGAAUGGGAAUUAAGUUGCCGUCCACAAACUUUGGGUCUAGAGAGCUGAGGAAACAAGAAGAACACAGAAAGAAUCGUAUAGUUUCAAGACAAAGUAUGAGGGAUGAUGCUUGGGGCGACGACGUGAGCUGACAUUUGGAUGUUUGAUCUUAGCCGGUGCAUUCUUUCAUUUUCCCUUCUGUAGUGUUGAUAACAUUGCGGUGUAAUGAACUUAACACCUCGUUUAUUAAGCUAACAUUGCAGGUGUCGGCGAAAAGUUUGGAUACUCGCUCGAUCGCGUAGCUGUAAUAUGUAAUCGAAAUGCUAAUGUACGUAUAUUAAUUACAGGGUACAUAAUAGGGUUCUGAUCUAUCAAAAUGGGGUUUAUCA